CCGACUAGUUUCUACUGAACAGUGCGCGUUCGAUCAACAUGAAAUUCCUAGUUGUGCUAGCGUUGCUAGUGGCCGUGGCUUCGGCCACGAUUACUGUAGACCGCACACAGCGGGUUAUCGGCGGUGACCUGGCUACCUCCGGCCAGUUCCCGUAUGCAGUUGGGCUUAUUACUAGGAUUAACAUUCUCCUUUCCGGCCAGUGCUCAGGAUCUCUGCUGUCAACGCGUUACAUCCUCACUUCGGCUGCUUGUGUCAACAACAUUCAGAGCGCCGUUGCUGUCAUGGGAGGCCUCCGCAUCAACGAUUCUGCGGAGCCGGGAACGAUUCGUAUGACAGUUACGGAAUUUAUCGUACAUACUGGCUAUGAGGAGGAUGGAGAGAAUUUCGAUGUUGCUCUGGUCGUUCUACCGUCGGCGAUCAGCUUCAGCGAUAAUAUUCAGCCUGUCCGUCUACCGAACCGUCGCCAGGUUGAGGGAUCUUUCGUGGGCCAGCAGGCUACCUUCAUGGGCUGGGGCCGCUUCGGCGAAGGAACCGCCAAUUCCGCAGAUCUGCGAUUCGGAAGAUCUCAGGUCAUCACUAACUUGGCUUGCAUUAUCAGUUUACCCACAAACACCAUUCUUGGAGAACACAUUUGUACGGCCGGUAUGAAUGACGCUGGUCAAGGCUCUCCCUGUCAGGGUGACAGCGGUGCUCCCCUGACCGUCAUGGGAGCGGAAGGUAUCACUACCCAGAUCGGUGUCUUCUCGUUCCAUUCCAUCUUGGGAUGCGAUAGUGGGCGUGCCGCUGUAUACACCCGUAUGUCCUCCUAUCUGGACUGGAUUGAGCAAAACUCGGACGUUGAGGUUAUGGAUGACUUCUAGGCCUGGUAAAACAAUCGCUUCUGAAUAAACUUUAGUGUCGUUUUAAAUACAAACAAUCGCUGCUGAAUUAUGUCGGUUUAGAAAAUCCAUUGA